AUGUCUUACAUGAACCCUCUUCAUCCCCCCGUUCCCAGCAGCAUUCGCUCAUCAUACACUGCUCUUGCUGGUGCCUGCUCCGCAUAUCAACCUCCCUUUUCUCAAACUAUGCCGCCCACCCACCGACGCCUGCCUCAGGCGCCAUUAUCAAAGAUGCCGACAUCUCGUCGUUCACCUCCUUGUCCUGCUAUCACUUUUGAGCUUCAUGGGGCUCCCUCACAUGGCCUUGGCGUUCCUAUGUGUGAACUGCUGGCUCGUUCAGGAGGUGCACUGGAACGUAUGCUCGUCGGUGCGAAUGAUGGCGUCGGUGCUCAAAUGAGUGGAUCUCUUGGCUUUCGCAGAGUCAAUCUCAAGAUCUUGUGGCCGGGGUAUGAGCAUCUUGAUCGCAGUCACCCCCUUGAUAUUCACACUCCGGCUGGUCCUCUCACCCGCGGGCAACUCGCCGUCCAAGUUGCGCAUGCAUUUGCGCGCUUCAUUGAGGAACUGCAAGGUUACCCCCCUGCACAGCAUGGCGCCAGUUGGCGCUUCGGAAAUGGUGGAAUCGGUUUUAAUCGCCUCAUGCUUUCAGCCCUUUGGAACGUCCAUGAUGACGUUUGGUUGGCUGAGGUCAUUGUUGACUUUCGUUAA